CGAGUAUAUAAGGGGAGACAUCUGUUCAUAGCCAAAUGGAGAUCUGAGUAAUGAGGAGAGGUGGUAGUGGUAUACCCACACACCCACACACUAAUGACGGAUUGAUGUAUAACCAGUAGGGGGCCCAUGAAGAUACCAGCACCAUGGCUACCUUUGAUGCUGCAGGGAUGAGUGAACAGAUUCAGGCUGAGAUGCAGGUGAAACAGUUCCGCGACUUUCUGGUACAAUACAACAAGCUGAGUGAGAACUGCUUCAAUGCCUGUGUGUGGGACUUCACCUCUCGCAGCGUCAGAGCUAACGAGGAGAACUGUACACAGAACUGUGUUGAGAAAUACACCAAGGUAACACAGCGCAUCUCAGAGAGAUUCCAGGAACUUCAAAUGCUUAGUAAUGAAAAUGCAGCUUCAGCAGCCCAAAAGUUAGGAAAAUUACCUACAACAUAGUAUUUGUAUUUUAUUUAUUAAAUGUAUUAUACAACAGUAUGCAUUUAUAACAAAACUUCUCUACUGUAUUUGGGAGAGAGGAUGAAAUGCCAGACUAAGGACAAGCUCACCAAUCACUGUGUGUUCAGUAUAUUGAUCAUGUUUGCUGAGAAGUGAAAGAAUAUGUAAAAAAUAAUAAGUAAUGAAAGCAUCUUUAUAUGUUAAUACUUUUUUCUGUAAUGUAACAGUUGGGAUGUUUUAUGGUGCAGAUGGUUUUACUGUAGAUAUGAUAUAAAUAUUUUUCUGAAGACAGGGAAUGGCUCUGGACUGGUAAGUUAUCCUUGAGAACUCAUAAGUGUGCUGAACUUCAUAUAAUGUAGAUAUUUUCUAUAACAUUAAUAUGAUUUCGAAUGAAGUUAACUCAUUAAUAAAAAAACUGAGUUAUGUG